AUGUCUGACGAACGAGACCCUUUAUUGGCAGCUCUUGAACAAGAGUCUGGCCAGACCCAGUCUGCAACUUCAGAAAUUGAUGCCGCUCGUGAGAAGGCUUUAGAAGAUUUCAAGAAAAAACUUAAAGACCAUAGACAAUGGGACGCCAAAUUAAAAGAGCUGAGGCUCAAUAUUCGUGGCCUUGAGAAGCAAUUCGAUAAGACUGAAGACGUAAGUAUUACACGCUUAUAG